AUGCCAUCAACUAUACAGCCUUCCAGUCAACAAUUACUUUCACGAGAAAAUACAUUAUUUAAAAAAGUUGUGCGUUUCUAUGAACAAAAACAGUAUAAAAAAGGUUUAUCAGCUGCUCGAGAAAUUUUAAAAAAAUGUCCAAAUCAUGGUGAAACAUUGUCUAUGAAAGGUUUAAUUCUUAAUUCACUCGGUAAAAAAGAAGAAGCUUUAGAAAGUAUUCGUAAUGGUAUUAAAAAUAAUAUGACAAGUCAUGUUGUUUGGCAUGUCUAUGGUCUAUAUCAAAGAUCUGAACGUAAAUAUGAUGAAGCAAUUAAAGCAUAUAAAAAAGCAUUACAAUGUGAAAAGGAUAGUUUAACAAUUCUUCGUGAUUUAUCAUUAUUACAAAUUCAAAUGCGUGAUCUUGAGGGUUAUAAAGAAACACGUCAUCAAUUAUUUAAUUUAAAACCUGGUCAACGUCAAUCAUGGAUUGGUUUUGCAAUGUCUUAUCAUUUAUUAGGUGAUUAUGAUAUGGCACAAAGUGUAUUAGAAGAAUUUCGUAAAACUCAACAAGAUCGUCCAGCACCAGCACCAGAUAAACCAUAUGAUAAUGAACAUUCAGAAUUUUUAUUAUAUCAAAAUCUUGUUUUACGUGAAGCUGAACAAUAUGAAGAUGCUCUACGUCAUAUACAAAUACAUGAAAAAGAUAUUUAUAAUAAAUUAGUAUUAUCGGAAAUAAAAUAUCAUUUAUACAUACGUUUAAAUACAUUUGAUCGUGCUGAAACAAUUUUACGAGAUUUAAUUGAACGUAAUCCAGAAAAUAAAAAAUAUUAUUUUAUGUUAGAAAAAUGUUUGAAUUUAACAAAUAGUGAUGAAAAAUCAAAAUUAUAUGAAAAUCUUAUGGAAAAAUAUCCAAGAGCUGAUGCACCAAAACAAAUAUGUUUACAAUUUUUAACCGGUGAACCAUUUUCCAAAUCUAUUGGAUCAUAUUUACAAAAAGGUUUUCAAAAAGGUGUACCAUCACUUUUUCAAUCUGUCAAAUAUUUAUAUGCAACACCAGAAAAAGUUCAAAUAAUUGAUUCAUUAUUAAAUAAUUAUUUGAAUAAUCUAACUAAAUAUGGAACAUUUGAAAUAUCAACAGAUGAUGAAGAUAUUGAACCAGCAUCAACUCUUCUUUGGCUUCAGUAUUAUCUUGCUCAACAUUAUGAUUAUUUAAAUAAAAUAGAUAAAGCAUUUGAAUUUAUUGAUCAAGCUAUUCGUGAUACACCAACACUUGUAGAACUUUAUAUGUUUAAAGCAAAAAUAUUUAAGCAUGCGGGUGAUUUUCAAAUGGCAGCUUCAUUAAUGGAUGAAGCUCAAUCUCUUGAUACCGCUGAUAGAUUUGUUAAUUGUAAAUGUACGAAAUAUUUAUUACGUGCUAAUCAAAUCACUACGGCUAUUGAAAUUGCCGGCAAAUUUACACGAGAAAAUUCUUCACCAGGAGACUAUUUACGUGAAAUGCAAUGUAUGUGGUUUGAAUUAGAAACAGCAAGAGCACAUCGUCGCUUGAAAAAAUAUGGUGAAGCAUUGAAAAAAUGUCAUGAAAUUGAUCGACAUUUUCAAGAAUUUAUUGAAGAUCAAUUUGAUUUUCAUUCAUAUUGUCUUCGUAAAAUGGUGCUAUGUGCUUACGUUGAAAUGCUUAAUCUUGAAGAUCAUAUGAAAGGACAUCGAUUUUUUCGUCAAGCAGCCCAAGUUGCAGUUGAAAUUUAUAUUCGUCUUUAUGAUCAUCCUCUUUCUGAUCAAGAUAAUGACAAAGAUGACAAUCUUGCUAAUAUGUCAGCAUCUGAAGCGAAGAAAUUAAAAAAUAAAUUACGUAAACAACAACUUCGUGAACAACAAGAAAAACAAAAACAAAUUGAUGCUGAACGAAAGAAAAAAGAAUUUCAACGUAGUCGAAAUAAAGAUGAUGGCGAAGAAGAAAAAGUAAAAGAAGAUGAAAUUGUUGCUGAAAAACUUGAACGUUGUGAAAAACCAUUAGAAGAAGCAAUGCGCUUUUUACAACCACUUGAAGAUUUUGCUGCAAACUUUCUUGACACACACUAUUUAGGUUUUGAAGUUUAUUAUCGACGAAAGAAAUAUUUAUUAAUGUUACGUUGUUUAAAACGAAUGAAAAAAUUAGAUACAAAUAAUGCAAAAUUUCAUUCAUGUCUAAUGAAAUUUCUUAAAAUGAUGGAACUUGAACCAGUAACUGAUGAACGACUUCGAACUAUCAUUGAUGAUGAAUUAAAAACUUUUAAUGUUAAACAAGGAGAUUCAAUAAGAAAAAUUGAAGAUCUUAAUGAAGAAUUUCUUAAGAAAAAUUCAAAUUCAUUGACACAUCGUGCUGAAGCUGCCAAAGUAAUGCUACUUAUUAAUCCAACAAACAAUCUCAAAGCUAUUGAAUACCUUACAACAUUAGAUCCAAAUUUUACUGAUCAAAAUUUAAAAGUAUGUACGAAUAUAUAUGAAAAUAUGCAAUCAGAUGAUUAUGGUCCUAUUGAAAAGUCAAUACUUGAAAAAUAUCGUAAUCAAUGUCAUAAUCUUUGGCCACAAGCAAAUAUAUUUCAAUCAACACCACCAUCACUUGCGCAUUCUUCAAAUAAUGGUGAAACCAAUGGUGGAAAUAAUGAAGCAAUUUCACAAGAUCACAAUUAA